CUAUUUAUUACCAGAAGCAUCUAUAUAAGGGGCAGAAGUGAAAAGAGGCUGUCCUGAUCCAUAAUCACAAUUGCCACCACCACCACCACCACCACCACCACUGCCAUCGCCACUACCAAGGGUGUAGUAAAUUAAACUUCUCCCUUACACUAAACACCCCCUGGAAUUUAUACAGUCCAUCACUACUGGCUGGUUGGUGUCUGCCAAAACUUGUCAAUGAUGUACAGAAUACUUUUUCUUCUUCUCAUCACAGCUUUAACAUGUCACAGUUCCCUGCUGGAUAUCCAAGACCAUUGUUGUGAAAUUGGCAGCAAUUAUGCUAAGACAAAUGGUAACUGUCACCACUUCACAGGACUUUUACAGAACAUGACAGUAGAAGAUGAAAUGUACUGUCGAGUGAUUGUAGAGAUAUGUUGUAUGAAGGAGGUUCACUACAAUCAAUGUCUGAAGGGCCGUUCUGAUGCUGAGGAGAAACAAGUAUGUCAUGUCAAUGUUAACAGUUAUGGAGCUGAACAAUACACACAAUGCUGUCAGUGUUGCCGUCUGGGAAGGGGUGCCGCCAAAACACAAAUGAGAUGUGACUUGACAGGCUAUGGGAACCCUUGUGACCAAAUAUUUGAAGAAUGCUGCAAUGCUGAAAAGACACGGAGAAAGGAUUUGCCAGAUUCAUCUCAUUGCUUUCCAAAUAAUCCAUGUGAGCAGCUAUGCUUUGCUACUCACAGUUCAGUUCGGUGUUCCUGUCAUAAGGGGUAUGAAAUUAAUCCAGACGGAAAGACUUGCACCGAUAUCAACGAAUGCCUGACUGAAAGACCCUGUGCCCAAGGAACUUUAUGCAUCAACACCCCUGGCAGUUUCUUCUGCAGUGUUAGCACUGGAUGCCCAGAACGUUCCAACUUUGAUGCUAGCUCAAAUAGUUGCACAUGUGCACCAAACACCGUACACAAUGUUACAACAAACCGUUGUGAAUGCAAGACAGGUUAUGCUUUCAAUAUUGUCGAAGGGACAUGUGAAGACAUUGAUGAAUGCAUCGUCCAAACACACAACUGUAACACAACAGACGGCUGCCUCAAUCGCAUUGGAUCCUUUGAGUGUUGUGGUGCAGGUUAUAUUGUCAACCAUGAUGAACUAAAAUGCAAAGACAUUAAUGAGUGUGCACUUUCUGACGCCUGCCCCCCAGGGAUGCAGUGUUCCAACACAGUGGGUUCCUACACCUGUCGUCGUAUCUUAGGUUGUGGUACUGGCUACACCUUGGACGAAUCCACCCAGCAAUGUAAAGAUAUUGAUGAAUGUGCUCUUAAGGUCCAUAACUGUGGCGACAUGAAGUGUCGUAAUAUUCAAGGUUCUUUCCGCUGUGAGAAAAAGAGGUUAACUUGCCCUCCAGGGACCAUUCUCAACCAACAAACUAAAAUUUGUGUAAGUCCACCAAGACAGGAUUGCGAAAAAGGAUUUUGGCGUCGAAAUGGCAUUUGCAUUGAUAUCAAUGAAUGUGCUCAUCGUGUGGACUCAUGCAGGCGUCACCAAACGUGCCAUAAUACUGUUGGGUCUUAUUAUUGCAGUAACACAAUAGACUGUGGAAGAGGAUUGUGGUAUGAUGCUGCAGCAACUCGUUGUCGAGACAUUGAUGAAUGCAGUGCAGGCAACCACACAUGCCGUCACAACCAAAUGUGCCGGAACACUCCAGGCAGCUUUACUUGUGACUGUAAAACUGGUUUCAUAAAACUUGCAUCUGGAUAUUGUGAAGAUAUCAACGAAUGUAACAGAGAACAUAGAUAUUGCUCUAGAAACUCCAUCUGUAUCAAUACACUGGGCAGUUUUAAAUGUGAAUGUAAACAAGGAUAUGAAAUGCAUACUGGCAGUCGACACUGUAGAGAUAUUAAUGAAUGUGAAAAUGGAGGCCAAUGUGAACACUAUUGUACCAACACACAGGGUUCUUUCCGCUGUAACUGUCGAUCGGGCUACAAACUGAACCCUGACAAAAGGACUUGCCAAGAUAUUGAUGAAUGUAAUGGAAUUUACAAACGGUGUUCAUAUGAAUGUGAGAACCUCCCUGGUUCCUUCCGUUGUAGUUGUCCCACAGGAUUUAGGAUGGCAGCUGACCAGGUCUCAUGCUUUGACAUUGAUGAAUGUUCAGAAAAUCCUGGAAUCUGCCGUAACUAUGAUGCCAUAUGUGUCAAUACUCGUGGCAGUCAUAAAUGCCCUGUUGUGCAAUGUCCUAGUUCCUACAAGAAAUCAGCCUAUGGUAACCCUGGUAAUAGUGUCCGUUGCCAGCGACCAAGCAUUUGUCCAGUACAAAAUAUCGAGUGCCUCACAUCACCCUUGUCACUCUCUUACAACUUCAUGACCUUCCCAUCCAAAAUAAAGGUGCCUACAACGCUGUUCACAAUCUCCGGACGAAUCUUGCCGUCGAGGUAUUUCCGCUUCAGCCUUAAGCUCCAAGAUGCCAGUCCGCAGCUUGGUGGUGUGACCAAGAUCAGUCAACAGUAUUUCCAUUUGAACUACACCACCAAUUCGGCGGCCCUUGAACUCCUUCGACGGAUACCUGGGCCACAGGACAUAAAGAUCCAACUGACUAUGGACAUGUACAGUUCUGACAAGCACCAACUAAUUGGUCAAGCCGUGUCAAAAUUGUUCCUUUAUGUAACCUAAACAGUCAUUUCAGCUAACUUUUCAAUAUUUGUACAUUUUUUUUUAAUAUAUUCUCUGUCAGUUUCUCCACCUCCUUUUCCUCCUCCUCCUCCACCUCUCCUCCUCAUCCUCCACCUUUCAUAAACCUCCUUUUUAACUUUCUCAAGAUUUAAAAUUUUUCAUUUCAAUAUUUUUUUUUUGUAUUAUAUUUCAAAUCUCACCCAGAUUAACUUUGCUUUUCAUCCUUCUUGGAGUCAAUAAAAUAAAGUACCAGUCUUAUACUGGGGUUGAUGUAAUCGACUGUUCCCCACCUUCCGCUGAAAUGCUGGUCUUGUGCCUAUGUAAAAAAAAUUCUCAUUAUUAUUAUUAUUAUUGUUAUUAUUUGGCAAAAUUGUUAGCAUGCCAGACGAAAUGCUUGGCAGCAUUUCGUUUGUCUAUUUACAUUCUGAGUUCAAAUUCUGCCAAGGUCCACUUUGCUUUCAUCCUUUCAAGGUUGAUAAAAUAAGUACCAGUUGACCAUUGGAGCCAUUCUAAUUGACUUAUUCCCUCCCCCGAAAUUUCUGGCCUUGUGUCAAAAUUUGAAAUUACCACUACUACUACUACUACUACUACUACUACUACUACUACUACUACUACUACUACUACCACCACUACUACUUCUACUACUAUUAUUAUUAUUAUUAUUAUUAUUAUUAUUAUUAUUAUUAUUAUUAGUGUUACUGCUGCUGUUAUUAUAUCCUUCUGCAGUUGAUAAAAUAAAGUACCAGUCAAGUUCUGGGGUUGAAAGUAUCAACUACACCCUCCCCUCAAAAUUGUUGGCCUUGUGCUUGAAUUAGAAAGAAUUAUUAUCAUUGUUAUUAUCAUUAUUAUCAUUAUCAUCAUCAUUAUUAUUAUUAUUAUUAUUAUUAUUAAAGCGGUGAGCUGGCAGAAUCAUUAGCAUGCUGCACCAAAUCAAAAUACUUAGCAGCGUUUCUUCCAUCUUUACAUUCUGAGUUCAAUUUCCAUUGAGGUUGACUUUGCCCUUCAUCCUUUUUGGGGGACAAUAAAAGAAUAAAACAAGAACCAGUUAAUUAUUGGUAUCAAAGUAAUCAAUUAGUGGCCUCUGCCCAAAUUUCAGCCCUUGUGCCUAUUGUAGAAAAGAUUAUUAUUAUUAUUAUUUUAUGUUUGACUUUUGUUUUGCUUUUGUACAAGUUGGAUCCAAGUCUCACCCAGAGACCUCAAGAGACAACAAGUUAGAAGUUCGUGUAGGUGUUAUGCCUAGGGUACCAUAUAUUUGGAUUUGUACAGUUUUGUUCAAGUGAAUGUUUAAGAAACCAUAAGAAAAUUAUGUGUUUGCUUUAAAAUUUGAGAUCACAUAGACAGUAUUUUACGUAGGAUAUGGGCAAUUCCCAUGAGCACUAUCUUUUGAACUUCAGCCAUUUUGGGGUUUCCUGGUAUCUGAGCUAGGUAGGAAUCAGCUUAUUAUUAUUAUUAUUAUUAUUACUACUACUACUACUACUACUACUACUACUACUACUAAGGCAGUGAGCUGGCAGAAUCCUUAUUGUACUGGAUGAAAUGCUGAGCAGUAUUUCACUUGUUUGCUAUGCUCUGAGUUCAAAUUCCCCCAAGGUCAACUUUGCCUUUCAUCCUUUUGGGGUGGAGUUCGAUAAAUUAAGUACCAGUGAACAACUGGGGUCGAUGUAAUCAACUAGUCCCCUCCCCUCAAAUUUCAGGCCUUGUGCUUAUAGUAGAAAGGAUUAUUAUUAUUAUUGUUGUUCUUGUUGUUGUUGCUCUUAUAGAUUUUUAUUCCAAAUAUCAUGUCGCUGAGUUCAAGAUCUUGUUGAUGUCAUCUUUGUCUUUUAUCCUCCUGGGGCCAAUGACUUAAAUAGAUGUCAAUCACUGGGAUCAAUUUAAUCAAAAUUUGUGGUCUUACGCCUUAUGUUAGAAAUCAUUAUUAUUAUUACUACUACUACUACUACUACUACUACUACUACUACUACUACUAAGUCAUAUAUUUGAUUAUUCCUCUCCACCAAAUUUGUGGCCUUCUGGUUCUUUUGCAUUUUCCCCUUGUACUAUCCCCCAAAAUACUGAGCCCUUAUAACCAAUAAAAUAAAUCAUCAUCAUUGUCAUCAUUA